AUGGAGGGUAUCCAGACACAUCCCGCUACUGCUGCGCAGGCCAAGGCUUUCACUGCACCCGGCUCGCUGUCGUUUCCUGGUGGUGCACAUGAGCUCACUCCUCCUGCCAGCGAUGCUGACAAGCGACCUGCCAACGGUGCACCGAACGGUGCUGCAAACGGCGCUGGGGUGACUCCUGCCACGCCUGCUGCUACGCCCGCUGCGACUCAAGGUGGUAGCGGUCUGACACCUACCCUUCAGAACAUUGUGGCUACAGUCAACCUUGACUGCCGCUUGGACCUUAAGACCAUUGCACUGCACGCUCGCAAUGCUGAGUACAACCCCAAGCGUUUCGCUGCUGUUAUCAUGCGUAUCCGUGAGCCCAAGACGACCGCCCUGAUCUUCGCAUCGGGUAAGAUGGUUGUCACCGGUGCCAAGUCCGAAGAUGACAGCAAGCUUGCCUCGCGCAAGUACGCUCGUAUCAUCCAGAAGCUGGGCUUCAACGCCAAGUUCACCGACUUCAAGAUCCAGAACAUUGUUGGCAGUUGUGACAUCAAGUUCCCCAUCCGACUUGAGGGUCUGGCAUCUCGCCACCAUAACUUCAGCUCUUACGAGCCUGAGUUGUUCCCUGGUCUCAUCUACCGUAUGAUUAAGCCUAAGGUUGUCUUGUUGAUCUUUGUCUCUGGCAAGAUCGUCUUGACUGGUGCCAAGGUCCGAGAGGAAAUCUACCAAGCAUUCGAGAUGAUGUAUCCCGUUCUGCAAGAUUUCCGCAAGAUCUAA